CUGGAGGGAAGUAGGGACUGCUAGGCGUGACCCUUUGGACCUUGGGGGAGGAAGGGGUAUGGGUGGAAGGCAGGUAGGAAAGUGCAAGUUAUAGGAAAAAAGCAGUACUGAGAGGAGUUGAAAAUGGAGUGCUGGUGGCGGCGCAGAGCAGUGAAUGGAAGAUUAUUAGUUGGUUAUUGGUGGUUUGGAGCUAGCUUCUGUUCGGGUUUUUAUGUUAGAAAUUUUCUCAAGAAUACUGCAUUUCCGGAUAAACCAGGGGUGUCUGCAGCCUUGGGGUGAAGGCCGUGGGUUGCAGAUGUUUUCCUGCUUGAGCCGGUGAAUACCAGAGGAAUCAAACAGUCACACCCAAGGCAAUGUCUUGCUACCUCAACUCAGAAAACCACCUGGACCCAGGGCCCAUCUAUGUGCGAGAAAAUGGGCAGCUACACAUGGUCAAUCUGGCCUUGGAUGGCGUCAGGAGUAGCCUGCAGAAGCCAAGGCCUUUCAGACUGUUUCCCAAAGGCUUUUCUGUGGAGCUUUGCAUGAACAGGGAAGAUGAUACUGCCCAGAAAGAGAAGACUGAUCAUUUCAUCUUCACAUACACCCGGGAGGGGAAUCUUCGGUACUCUGCCAAAUCCCUCUUCAGCCUUGUCCUAGGCUUCAUCUCCGACAAUGUUGAUCACAUUGAUUCCCUUAUUGGCUUUCCUGAGCAGAUUGCUGAAAAGCUGUUCUCUGCUGCUGAAGCCAGACAGAAAUUCACAGAACCAGGUGCGGGGCUGAGGGCUUUGCAGAAAUUCACUGAGGCCUAUGGAAGUCUGGUGCUCUGCUCCCUGUGUUUGCGAAACAGAUAUCUGGUGAUUUCAGAAAAACUUGAGGAGAUUAAAUCUUUCCGGGAGCUGACCUGUCUGGAUCUUUCCUGUUGCAAGCUUGGAGAUGAGCACGAACUUCUAGAGCAUCUCACCAAUGAGGCCCUGUCUAGCGUAACUCAACUCCACCUGAAGGAUAAUUGUUUAUCUGAUGCCGGGGUGCGGAAAAUGACAGCACCAGUUCGAGUGAUGAAAAGAGGCCUUGAAAAUCUAACAUUAUUAGACUUAUCUUGUAACCCUGAGAUCACAGAUGCAGGAAUUGGAUACCUCUUCUCUUUUAGAAAACUAAACUGCUUAGAUAUCUCUGGGACGGGGAUCAAGGACAUCACAGCCAUCAAACACAAGCUCCAGACCCACAUCGGCCUUGUUCACUCCAAAGUGCCCUUGAAGGAAUUCGAUCACAGUAACUGCAAGACGGAGGGCUGGGCCGACCAGAUUGUUCUGCAGUGGGAGCGUGUGACUUCAGAAGCUGUGAAGCUACAAGAAACCUCGGAGCCUCGAGCGGCAGCUCAGCGCUUCUAUGGGAAGCGGGCUCGAACAGAAGCCCCAGGGAAGUGUCCGCUGGCAGAUACCCACAUGAACUCUUCUGAGAAACUCCAGUUCUAUAAAGAGAAAGCUGCAGACUGCCAUGGGCCAUUGUUGAAAUGUGAAGCUGUCUUAAGCCAGGAGUCAAAGAAGAGCAAGAAGAGAGCUUUUGAGGAGCCAGAGAAGGAACAAAGUAACUCUUCACAGUCUUCAAAGCAGAAAUAUGUGUGUCUUGCUGUGGAAGACUGGGACUUGUUAAAUUCUUAUUGAUUGGCAGAUAGAAAUUGACCUUUCCCCCCCAGCUCUAAUGUAUGAGGAGAGGGGGCUGAUGACAUUUUCCUUUUUGUUUGAAUUUACCUAUGGCAUUAGCAUAGCAAGCAGAUAUUUCUACUUUUGUGGUGGGGGAGGGGAGUACUAUGGAAGUAUGUAAUUUCUAAUGUAUAUUUUCAAUACAUAGUAAUUUUUCAAAUAAACGUUUUGCUGUCCAUAAAUUCUGCUUGUGA